AUGACAUUCUUCGGCGCAUGGACGCAAGGCAUCCGCUUCAGUCCUCGCUCACUGCAGAGCAUACUCGCUGGCCGGUCAUGUCUGCGCGCCCAGCUGCACCAGUCUUCCGCUCUCUCAAGAGGCGUGUUCCGCGAACUUAUCUGCAGAAGUAAAACAGCCACAAGUUCUUCGCCAAUCGCAUCUCUGAGGUUUGCGAAUCUCCGGGGUGGAGAGAGGCACUUCAGUCUGCGUGCGAGUUGCCGACCUCCGUUCGACCCGCGGUUCUUCUCGAGGAAUGCCUCCACCAUCCCUGCUGAGCUCCCGGUGCUUUCCCCACCUCCAGUCGCACGCUGGCUGAUUCUCUCGUCUGUUUUGGUCUUUGCUGUCAUUGUGGUCGGUGGUGUCACUCGUCUGACCGAGUCCGGCCUGAGCAUAACGGAAUGGCGUCCCAUAACUGGUGUCCUACCUCCACUAUCCGAGGCGGAGUGGAAGGUAGAGUUCGAGAAGUAUAAAGCCACACCGGAAUUCAAGCUGAUGAACCACUCGAUCACGCUCAAUGAGUUCAAGGAUAUCUUCUACAUGGAAUGGGGUCACCGCGUCCUUGGCCGUCUGAUUGGUGUCGCCUUCAUCUUACCCCUCGCUUACUUCGCCGUGCGCAAGCGUCUCACCGCAACGCUCCCGAAGCAGCUCUUUGGCAUGGCGCUGCUCCUCGGCGCACAGGGCGCCCUCGGGUGGUAUAUGGUCAAAUCUGGUCUCGAGGACUCGCUCAUGGACACCCCUGGCGCCGUCCCGCGUGUAUCGCAGUACCGGCUCGCUGCUCACCUGGGCACUGCGUUUGUCCUGUAUGCUGGGAUGCUUGGCACUGGAAUGGCGGCGCUGUACGACUGGCGAUACGCGACUACCGGCAAGUGGGGCGGGCUCAUGGGAGACAAUGUGCAGUGGAAGGCUAUGUUAGAGAAUCCGCUUGUGAAGCGAUUCUCGCGGUACUCCAAGGCAUUGACCGCGCUGGUGUUCUUGACGGCUCUCUCAGGCGCAUUUGUCGCUGGCCUCGAUGCUGGACUGCUCUAUAAUGAGUUCCCUCUCAUGGGCGGCCGGCUUGCGCCCCCUCAGGAUGAGCUCUUCUCAAAGGCAUACGCAAAGGCACCGGACGGUUCUGACCUGUGGUGGCGGAACAUCUUCGAGAACCCGACCACGGUCCAAUUUGACCAUCGUUGUCUCGCGAUCACAACGUACACCGCGACAGCCGCGUUAUACGCGAUGACACGUAACCCCGCAAUGCGGGCUGCCCUUCCGCCUCUGGCAAGACGCAUGAUGGUUGCGGCAUUUGGAAUGGCGAACGUGCAGGUCCUGCUGGGCAUUGGCACGCUGCUAUAUCUGGUACCUAUUCCCCUCGCUGCGGCUCAUCAGGCAGGCAGUGUCAUGCUCCUGACCACGAUGGUGCAAUUGCUUGUAUCUUUGCGGAGGCCUGGAGCAGCAGCGAGAGCGUGGAGACAGGCACUACUUGCGAAAAGAGGGAAGGCGUAG